AUGGAAAAGCUUUGUGUCCUUGUGGCCCCUUUCGUAUUCCUUGGUAUAUUAUUUCAUGGAGGAAUGGUAACUGCUUUGAGGACUAAAGACGGAUCAGAAGAAUGGGGAUAUGUUCAAGUCAGACCCAAAGCCCACAUGUUCUGGUGGCUUUACAGAAGUCCUUACAGAGUGGAGAAUUCCUCCAACCCAUGGCCAAUCAUACUCUGGUUGCAGGGAGGACCAGGAUCUUCAGGAGUUGGGUUUGGAAAUUUUGAAGAGAUUGGUCCUUUGGAUGCCAAUUUGAAGCCAAGGAAUUUCACAUGGUUGAAGAAAGCAGAUCUAUUGUUUGUGGACAACCCAGUUGGAACUGGGUACAGUUUUGUGGAGGAUUCUAGACUCUUUGUCAAAACAGAUAAGGAGGCUGCCACUGACUUGACCACAUUGUUAAUUGAGAUAUUCAACACUAAUCCAAGCCUCCAAAAGAGUCCUCUGUUCAUUGUGGCGGAGUCUUAUGGUGGCAAAUUUGCUGUUACUAUUGCAUUAUCAGCAAUCAAAGCUAUUCAUAAAGGAAGAUUGAAGCUUAAACUUGGAGGUGUGGUAUUAGGAGACAGCUGGAUCUCCCCAGAAGAUUUUGUGUUCUCAUGGGGCCCUCUACUUAAAGACCUCUCAAGACUUGACGACAAGGGGUUCCAAAUAUCAAACAGUAUAGCCAAGAGGAUCAAGCAGCAACUUGAGGCUGGUCAAUUUGUUAAUGCAACUAAAUCAUGGAGUGAACUUGAAUAUGUAAUUAGCAUCAACAGCAAUGCUGUGGAUUUCUAUAAUUUUCUGCUGGAUUCUGGAAGGGAUUCAGCCACCUUUUCCACAAUGAAGCUGAAAUUAUUCAAAGAAAUAUCUCAGAGUCGUUACUCCAAGUAUCUUACUUCAACAAGAUAUUCUCCUGGUGCUAAUGGUAAUCUUAACAGCCUAUUAAAUGGUGUCAUAAAGAAGAAGUUAAAGAUUAUUCCUGAGAAUAUUACAUGGUUUGAACAGUCCGAUAAUGUUUUUACAAAUCUUGAAGGUGAUUUUAUGAAGCCAAGAAUAGCUGAGGUUGAUGAGUUGCUGGCUCUUGGGGUCAAUGUAACCGUGUACAGUGGACAAGUUGAUCUUAUUUGUGCAACCAGGGGAACUGAAGCUUGGGUUAAGAAGCUCAAGUGGGCAGGGCUUCCAAACUUCAUGGAGAAACACAGAACCCCCAUCUUCUGUGGAAAUGACAAAUCAACCAAAGGCUUUUUCAAGUCAUAUAAAAACCUAAACUUCUAUUGGAUCCUUGGAGCUGGCCAUUUUGUACCUGUUGAUCAACCUUGCAUAGCACUGAACAUGGUGGGUGCAAUUACUCAGUCGCCAGCAAUUUGA